GUCGCAACGGCCGUCGUCGAGCCGUACAACACGGUCCUGUGUGUGCACUCCCUGCUGGAGCACACCGAUGUGACCAUUAUGUACGACAAUGAGGCGUUGUACGAUAUCUGCCGCAGGAACCUUGACAUCGAGCGCCCGACCUACACCAACCUCAACCGCCUCAUCGCUCAGAUUAUUUCCAGUCUGACUGCUUCCUUGCGCUUCGAUGGCGCCCUGAACGUGGACAUCACGGAGUUCCAGACCAACUUGGUCCCGUAUCCCCGUAUCCACUUCAUGUUGACCUCCUAUGCCCCUGUCAUCUCUGCGGAGAAGGCCUACCAUGAGCAGCUGUCCGUGGCUGAGAUCACCAUGUCCGUCUUCGAGCCAGCAUCCAUGAUGGUCAAGUGCGAUCCUCGUCAUGGCAAGUACAUGGCCUGCUGCAUGAUGUACCGUGGCGAUGUGGUGCCUAAGGAUGUGAACGCUGCAGUGGCCACCAUCAAGACUAAGCGCACCAUCCAGUUUGUCGACUGGUGCCCGACUGGCUUCAAGUGCGGCAUCAACUACCAGCCUCCGACCGUUGUGCCCGGUGGCGACUUGGCAAAAGUCAUGCGCGCCUGCUGCAUGAUCUCGAACAGCACUGCCAUUGCGGAGGUUUUCUCCCGCAUUGACCACAAGUUCGACCUGAUGUACUCCAAGCGCGCCUUCGUCCACCACUACGUCGGCGAAGGUAUGGAGGAGGGUGAGUUCUCCGAGGCCCGAGAGGACCUAGCGGCCCUGGAGAAGGACUACGAGGAGGUCGGUAUCGAAACCGCGGAAGGUGAGGGCGAGGAGGAGGGCUACGGCGACGAGUUCUGA